AUGUUAUUAUUGUUGCUGUUCCUAGUUGCGCCAACUUUGCAAUCCGCCAUACGAGACGAGAGUUUUUUGCGAUUCUGUGGAAAAGUUGGAAGUGGUGGAAUGGUUUCUGGCACAGAUUUGGAGGGUUUGACGUGCACUGUCAAAUGGAGUAGUUUAACAACUACACAGGUAUCUAUAAUAUGAGCAAUGCUUUUGGGUCCAAGAUUGCAAAAAAAACAACGAUACUCCGCUAUUCCACUUGAAUUUUCGUGUAUUUCUCUUGGAGAAUAUUGAUUUUUUGUGUUUUACGCGUUUUUUCGAGGGAAAAUCGUUUUUAAGUGGAGUUUUGUGGUGGAUUUCAAGAAAAUUCAAGAUUUUUCUUGAGAAUUGCAAAAAUUUCAAGAUUCCCAAUCAAUUUUGCAUGAAAAAACCUAUUUUUCUUCAAAAACACGCCUGUUUUUUUGCGACGGUGAAAAAUUUCACUACGGUACGCAAUUUGUGCAUUUGUGCGUCGCGGUGUUUACACACUAGAUAGUGAUUUCAGUCCGUUUUCAGCAUGUUAGAGGCAUUUUCAGAAAACGCUGAAUAUACCAUUUGAUUCGUCUCGUCGAGAUGAGCCAGGAAAACUAUUUACUUGUUUUUGAAACGCAUUCUCAGAAAAGUUAUGGGCUAAAAAUCAAAUUCUGAGCAAAUCAAAGGCGCACACAUCUUUCGAAAGAGUGAGGUCUCGCAGCGAUUUCAGUUUUUCACGUUUUUCUACGUGAAAACGUCAUUUUUAAGGCUUCUACUAUACUUAUUCGAAGAGAAGAGAUGAAAUUACGUAUGUAUGAAUGUUUUGAAAUUUUUCUGGGGCCCCCAAGAUAUAAAACGCGGCGCCGCCAAAUGGAGACCUAUUUUUUUGACGUCAUAUUACUGUACCGACGAAUUUUGUUCAGGCAGAACAGGCGUGAAAAAUAAACGUAAAACAACGAUACUCCGCAAUUCCACUUGCAUUUUCGUGUAUUUCUCUCGGACAAUAUUGAUUUUUUGUGUUUUACGUGUUUUAGUGGUGUUUUUCCACAUAUAAUAUUCACAAAACUCAAUUUCAGGACAACAUCGAAUAUGUUUGCAAAACAAAGGCCCCCUACCCAGUCAAAGAGGCCAAACUCUACGACACAAAUCGACCCGAAUGCACCUACGAAAAUGUGUAUUCAUGUCGAGCGGAUUACACUCAAAUCAAUGGAUAUUGCUAUCGAAUUGCGUCGACGAAACUGAUUUCGUAUGAAAAUGCCAAAGAAUUGUGCGAAAACGACAAAACCAAGCUGGAAAUAUCGGGAAAAGUGGUGCAAAGUGAAAUUGUCGAUUUGUUUGAUGAGGAUUUGAUUCGAUUGUUUGAAUGUGAGCGAGUUUCGAAAGAUUUUUCAUUUGAUAUCAAGCUCAAAAUUCGAAAUAUACCCGAGUUUUUACAGUAUACUUUGAAGAAAUGAGUUCAAUUUGGGUGCAACCAAGAGACGAUUUUAAAGAUCAAAUCGAAUUCGAUGGCAACGGUCCAAACUAUGCGAUUGUCUACGGAAUGGCGAUUUUUUAUAGCGUCGGACCGAAUUCGCUGAUCAAAAUGCCCGAAAAUCAUCGAGCUCAAACAAUGUGUUUCUAUCGACCCGAUGAGACGCCCAACAGUUUUGGUUAUAAGUCGAAAAAGUUGGCCAAAUACUAUUGGCCUACUUUGAAACAAGGAAUUGUGACUGUUUGGAGAACUUCGGGUGCCUAUAAUUAUUGGUAAAACAUUUAAGUGAAAACGCUUUCAAUUUGCAAAAAAAACAACGAUACUCCGCAAUUCCGCUUGCAUUUUUGAAUUUUUGCGCGGUUUUUGAGUGAAAUCAAGAUUUCUAUUCAAUUUUCACUGCAAAUUUCAAUAAAUGUCUAUUUUUAAAGGUUGGAAAAUCAAAGUAAAACAUUUGCCAUCGAAAAAUGUCGAAAAUCAAUGGCCCCAAUUGCCGAUGUUGAAACAAUUGAUGUAUUCGAUCCGACAAUUGAAAAAAUGAAAAUUUUGCGCGAUUCUGCUGAUGUCAAAGAAUCCUUCAUUUUUGCCUAUUCACCAACAUAUCUUUGCUGCUAUCACACAACAUAUACAUCCAAUCAUCAAACAUAUUAUCAUUAUUAUUCGAGAAUUUUGCAUUUCUCCAAAUCUUAUGGCGAUUUUGUGUGUGAGCCGCGUGGCAAUUUGCCUGCUAUGCAAUCCAAAUACUAUAGUUUUUCAUCGCAAUCUCAUGGUGAUAGAUGUCAGGAAAGAGCUGGCACGUUUUUGACGUUUUCUGAACCUAUGUGAGUGCGAACACUCUGCGCGAGUGUAUUUUUUAAAGGGACAUGCGCUCGGGCCGCUUGCCUGUGAUAAAAAUCAUCUCUAACAUGAAUUGUGGGCUCUAAAAACCAUGGAUUUUCAAAAAUUCUUGCUAUUUGGGCUCUUCAGAAAGUCGCUCAGCAAAAAAUGAGAACAGGAGCUUUCUCAGCGUGAAAAACUGUACAGAAACAUCUAUGUUCCAUUGAAAAUCUCCGGGGACUGCUCACACACAAAAUAUUUUAAAGGGACAUACACUCGCGCAAAGCGUUCGAUGUUAACCUGAGCAAUGCUUCGAGCGGAGGUAGUGUAUACCGCGAACUUCCGCGUCAGCGGCCUCGAGCGCUUUCCGCGAGUGUAUGUCCCUUUAAAAUAUUUUGUGUGUUAUGAGUCCCCGAGGAUUUUCAUAUAUGAUGUUUCUGUACAGUUUUUCACGCUGAGAAAGCUUCUGUUCUCAUUUUUUGCUGAGCGACUUUCUGAAGAGCCCGAAGAGCAAUAAUUUUGAUGGUUUUCAGAGCCCAUAACUCAUGUUAGAGAUGAUUUUUUAUCGCAGGCAAGCGGCUCCGAGCGCAUGUCCCUUUAAAUAAAUACACUCGCUUCAAAAAAAAACCAAAAAAUUUUGCAGAAGCGGCCGCGAUAAUUUCGAACUUCUCCAUCGACGCGACGCUCCACUUCUAUGCUCGAUUUUCUACAAAGACGUAAAAGAGCGUACACAUUGUGCAGAUGGCUGGCAACGAUUUGAAAGAGGCAGCGGACGAGUUGUUUGUCAUCGUUAUUUCAUGGAACAAGUGAGUCAGAGAUUGGCUAAAUCGCCAUGCAAACAACAUUUUCAGAAAAACUUCCAUUCGGCAGCUCGUGAUUGUGUAGAACACGGUGGUCAAUUGUCAACGUUCACAUCACCAGAAGAAUAUAAUCUUCUCAUCCGAAACAAUGUGCAAGUAUGGAUUGGUGCGACAAAACGAUCGAAUUGUGCAGUUGUUGGAAGUGGAUCGUGUUCGGCGAGAGAAGUGAGUAUUAGAUUUAUCACAAGUUUUUCGAAUACUUUUACAGAUUGUUGUUUGGUCGUCUGAUGCGUUUGCCGAUUAUUCGGAUGCAGUAAAGGCAUUCACAUCCACACAUUUCCAUAGUGGUGAACCGAAUAAUGCUGGCAGCAAUGAGUAUUGUAUUCAUAUCAAGUUCAAUCUUCUCAACGAUCUUGGAUGCAAUCUAUCAUUGUUUUAUUGGUGUGUCAAAGAUGCUGAAUAUUGA